GGAAUUACUUGCCGCCAGUGAAAGAUCCAAACUUCAAAGACAAGGCUCCCAUCCUCUCGCCCACUGCCAUCUCUCUUCUGUACUCCCAUCAUCUCUCCCUUCAUCGUCUCUUCAUCCCUUUCGAUAGUAAAAUGGGCAGGAGAAAAAUUGAGAUCCAACCGAUCACCCACGAGCGUAAUCGUUCAGUAACUUUUUUAAAGCGUAAGAAUGGUCUCUUCAAAAAGGCCUAUGAACUUGGUGUCCUAUGCUCUGUUGACGUCGCCGUCGUCAUCUUUGAGGAACGUGCGGGUCAUCACUUGAAACUUUAUCAAUACUGUUCUGGCGACAUCCACGAUAUCAUUCAGCGUCACGUUCGCUACGAUGGAGAGAAGGAUACCCGCACUCCCCACGAUUUCGCGAACAACGCCAAUGCCAAACUUCAUCAUGAUGCCGAUAUUGACGAUGACGAGGGUGACGAUGACGACGACCCAGAUUCUAUUCCCACACGUGGAAGCAAGAGGCGCCACGAGCCCAAGUUCAAGGCGGAAUACAGUAACAAUGCGAAACUUCUGAUUCCUUCAGGAGGUGAAAUGGGUCUCAACGUUGAUAUGGCUGAUUAUCACCGUCCUAUGACCAUCCCUCCCCCUCCCAUGCCCCUUCAUCACUCGUCACAGCUUCCAUCAUCUGGUGGGGGAUCUGCACUUCCUAUUUCCACAGAACGCCAUUCGUCUUCCGGUCGGUUGCUCCCUCCAAACGGUCAAAUUAGCUCUCAAAAGAAGCCACGUCUAGCGCCCAACGUUCAUGGAGGCAGUGGCUCCAAGCUUUCAGGGGACGAGUCUAUGUACAAUGGUGGUUAUCUCCCUUCACCCACGUCGGCUCAUUCUACUGCAUAUCGAUCGAACGGUCCAUCGUCUCACCAACUUCCGUAUAAUGGAUACAUGGGAGUGUCAAACAGUCCCCCGCAGUCCUUCCUGCCUUCGACUUUUGACUUCCCGUCCUCGUCGUCCCGAGGCUCUAAUUUACCGCGUAAUAAUAGCUACAGCAGCCAACGGUCAUCGUAUUCUCAACCUCAGGACCCCCAAUUACAAGGAAUGUAUCACCAGCUAAUGCGGCACAAUCAUUCGCCAGGUCAACACAGCCACUCAAGCGGUUUGCAUUCUCAGCAGCCUCCAGACUCCUUGUUAUCCACGUUUUUAGACAACGAUGAGCAUCGACAGCCGCAAAGCACAGGUCCACAAUACGCGCCGCUCGAUUGGCCCUCCCACGGGCCAUCACAGCCGCCGCUGCCACCUCCCUCGCAACCUCCACAGCAAGAAUCAGGGCCUCCUGGGGACCCUAGUUGGCUCGAUUUCCUGUCGCAGAAUGGAUCUCAGUCAGGCGCUCAACAGCUCCAUAUGACACUACCCCCCGCUAAUGGGCGAGAUGGUCUCUCAUGGGAACGAGAUCGCGAUGCGGAGCAUUACUCCGCUGAACGCGGUGGUGACCUUCAUCCGGAUAAGUCUUCUAAUGGAGGAACACUGAUGUCGCCGCGUUCAUCACGCAAACGGCCGCGUGCUGCAUCAAGUGCUGCGGAUGAGAAACGCUCAUCGCCCAGCGCACGAGCUGUUUCAGGCCAGGAUAAGAUGCAUGACCCUGGCAGCAGCAGUGGAAUAGACAAACAAGACAAGUGACCAGGGUUAUAAUUUUCGAACAGUUUCUGUAUGCAUAUGUUUAUCUUGGACUCUGAUUUUCUUGCGCAGCGAUGUUAACGUACUUCAUGACGUAUGGGCUUGUCUGGACAUGCCGGGAUUAAUGCCACCUUGUUAUCGAUAUGUUCCCAUGCACCGCGAUUCGUGGCAGGUUUGCAUAUGAUCAUAUUAUUGUGAUGGCUACUUAGACUUUUGGGACUGUUGGUGGAUAAUACCUGGAUAAUUUCAAUAUUACACUAGGAUGUGUAUUGACCCAGUGGAA